GGAGCGCAAGAGCAGCACACAGAGAGAGAGAGAGAGAGAGAGAGAGAGAGAGGGAGGGACGUGGUUGGUGAUCGGCUGCUGUAAGGAGGAGGUGGGACAUGGAAGAAGAAGGUGCAAGAAUGGAGAUUGAAUUGCUUUUCUGCAUCUGUGCCUACAAUAUGACCAGAUUCAGGAUCUUACGGUGGGACGAGGUAGUCCCGGUGGGACGCGGUAGUCCCAAGGAGAAGAGUAUGGCGUAUCAGAGCAAUGGAUGUCACUUCUGUCAUCUCCCCGGCCAUUUCAUACGGGAGUGUCCAUUCCGUUUCCAGCCCAACGGAGCGGAGAUGGCAGCGCGCAUUCGAGAGAACGGAUCAGCCGGAUAUAACAGUGGAGGAGGGCAAGGUCUUCUGCAGGCUCCGACUCAAAGUUCGGGGACCUCUAAUGCUAUCGUACCAUAUCAAGCACCGCAAGAUAGGGGUCAAGCUGGCAAUGGGGGGAAUUACCAACGUGGCGGCAACACUUACUAUGGUCGAAGGAACUACGCUGACGAGCAACGAUAUUGGUACAAAGAUUGGGACCGGGAGCGUGAAAGGGAUGAGAAACUGGAUAGGAUGUGCGGCUUACUCUCAGAACAAGUUGAGGAGCGUGAGCGACGGAAGCAGGAGUCAGCUAAAUUGGAGUUAUUGGAGGAGGAGAAGAAGAAGUUACAAGCUGAGGAGGAUAGAAGAAUCCAGGCAAACAAGGAACGCGAGCAGCAAGAGGCAAGGUUGGGCAAAAUUGUGAGAACCAGUGUCAAAGCGGUUUGUGAGUCUGCACUCGGGAGGAAGGUGGAUAUACCCGAGGAAGGAUGACUGUGAAGUGGCGAAACUGCGGAAGGAACUUGAGGAACUACGGGCGAAGUCUUCGGAGGCAUCGAGUAGUUCACGGGAGAA